GGACCAAAUAAUAAGCUGAGCAAGCUCUGACCAUUGGCCUUCCACUCACCAGGAUCUUCUACCUAGCUCUCUCUUUGUGGCCCAUGUGCUGCAUCCUUAGCCGUCAGUGUGCAACCGGCCCCCAACGCAAUGUGUGUUUGUCAAACCAUGGAAGUGGGGCAGUAUGGCAAGAACGCAGGUCGGGCCGGAAACCGGGGAGUCCUCCUGGAGCCCUUCAUCCACCAGGUGGGCGGACACAGCAGCAUGAUGCGCUACGACGACCACACUGUGUGCAAGCCCCUCAUCUCCCGGGAACAGCGCUUCUACGAGUCCCUCCCUCCUGAAAUGAAAGAGUUUACCCCUGAAUACAAAGGAGUGGUCUCAGUCUGUUUUGAGGGGGAUAGUGAUGGUUACAUCAACUUGGUGGCCUACCCUUACGUGGAGAGUGAGACUGUGGAGCAGGAUGACACGCCCGAUCGGGAGCAACCUCGGCGCAAACACUCCCGCCGGAGCCUGCAUCGUUCAGGUAGUGGCAGUGACCACAAGGAGGAGAAAGCCAGCCUGUCCCUUGAGACCUCGGAGAGGCAGUUUUCAGAGACACAAGAGCACUACUCCAGAUUAUUGUCUCACGUAUCUGGGCCUCUGUGCCACCUGUUAGCAGAGCCUGAAGGAGGCAGCUCCCAGGAGGCAAAGAGUCCAAAGGUGGAGCUACACAGCCACUCAGAUGUCCCUUUCCAGAUGCUAGAUGGCAACAGUGGUGUGAGUUCUGAGAAGAUCAGCCAUAACCCCUGGAGCCUGCGCUGUCACAAACAGCAGCUGAGCCGCAUGCGCUCAGAGUCUAAGGACCGAAAGCUCUACAAAUUCCUCCUGCUUGAGAAUGUGGUACACCACUUCAAGUACCCCUGUGUACUGGACUUGAAGAUGGGCACUCGGCAGCAUGGAGAUGACGCAUCUGCUGAGAAAGCAGCCCGGCAGAUGAGGAAGUGCGAGCAGAGCACAUCUGCUACACUGGGGGUCAGGGUCUGUGGCAUGCAGGUGUACCAGCUGGAUACAGGUCAUUACCUCUGCAGGAACAAGUACUAUGGCCGUGGGCUCUCCAUUGAAGGCUUCCGCAAUGCCCUCUAUCAGUACCUACAUAAUGGCCUGGACCUGAGACGUGACCUCUUUGAGCCUAUCCUGAGCAAACUGCGGGGCCUCAAAGCUGUGCUGGAGCGGCAGGCCUCCUACCGCUUCUACUCCAGUUCUCUGCUUGUCAUCUAUGAUGGCAAGGAAUGCCGAUCUGAGCUGCGUCUCAAGCACCCGGACAUGGGGCUCUCGGAGGGGGCACCACUCUGUGGGCCCAGUACCAGCCCCAGCAGCACCAACCCUGAGGCUGGCCUCUCCUCUCCACCCAAAGUGGAUGUCCGCAUGAUUGACUUUGCACACAGCACGUUCAAGGGCUUCCGGGAUGACCCCACUGUGCAUGAUGGGCCAGACAGAGGCUAUGUGUUUGGCCUGGAGAAUCUCAUCAGCAUCAUGGAACAGAUGCGGGACGAGAACCAGUAGGCCCCGUCUUGGGCUCCAGGCCCCCUUCCUCUCCACCGCAGGCAGGGACCACUGCUCUGAAUGUGCCGUGAGGACACACAGACUUGCUUUUAAAGGGUUAUAUUUCUCUUUGGUGUAAACUAAAAGAAAUGUUUUUAGCUGUAGCCUGGAAUCCAUAUAUAUAAAGUGAAGGAGGGCAGAAAACAUCCGUCCUCUCAGCCAGGCUCCUCA